CAACAUUCGAGUAACAUUGACAUCGAUAGGGUCCUAUUACAAAACUUUUUGCUAGACUGGUCAGCAUAUUCUGUGGUACCAAAAACUUAAACUUCAAGAAGAAAUGAAGUGACAUAUUUUGGAGCGGUCUCUACCUUUAUUUUAGAGAAUUUAAUUUCUAUUUAUUUUUGAUACUAACUCUACAUACUUCCACAAUGCCACAUCGACCUCUUGUGGUGCCACCUGAGUGUGCAUCCAUGCUGUUCAACCAUAAGACUAGUUACCGUACUGACUACAGAGGUUUUGAAAUCACAAAUGUGAUCAGGACAGUGUUUAAGCCGAAGCCUGUGAAGCCAAGACCCUUGCCGGAGCCUCUUAAAGACAUACAAGCUCUGUUUCCUCUGCGGGACCCGAGUGUACCGUUUGAUAUGUUUCAUAAGCCGAAGGAAAUCGUCAAAACUAACCCUCGUAUUAUGCAGGACAAGCAUGAGCGACCGGAGGACACGCUAAGACUGCACGUUCAGCAAACUCGUCCAGAGGUUGUCAUGACCCCUGCUCUGCAUUUAGAUGCAGUAGGAGAACCAAUGCGGCAGAAGUUUAUGGACCACAUUUACAAAUCGACGCAGAUGGUGGCACUGGAGGAGGCUGUCGCUCUAUCAGUCAAGAGACCAAACGUUAAAGCCCCAUUAACAAACUCAUACGGAACGCCCUCACCGGAGGUAUCAAUAGAACCUCUGCAGCUUCCCUACGUGUCCCCGGAGUGGCGCAUGCAGUCCGUCACCUGGGAGACCAACCAGCUCCGGUCUUAUGUGGAACCAACCAAAACCUUCUGGAAGAGUAGAACUCCGAAUUGUCCGGAAUGCAAAGAAACCGCAGCGAGGAAGGCAAUGCAGAAAAUGGCGCGAAUGAAACGCAACUGACUUGAACAUAGCUUUAUUGUCAAACUUAAACAUACAACAUUAGUUAUAGAUAUAAAUUUUAUAUUACAUGUAGUUGCAGAAGAAAUUCUCGGACGACAACAAAAUAG